AUGAGUGCAAGGAAAAAAUCAAGUGUUUGGACAUUUUAUACAGAAACUGAUCAAGCAAAUAAAGUGAAAUGUAUCCUAUGUGAUGCGCUGAUAUCUCAUGGUGGUAGUGGACGUUCAGCGUCUACUUUUGCACUGACCAACCACCUUCGUGUGAAGCAUGAUCGAGAAUACACACAAUUACAACAUCUCAUUCAUUCGCCAAAUCCAAUCCUUCCUUCAGUAAGACCUACAUCGUCGAAUACUACUGAAGAAUUGCCCGCAGCGGAGUCAUCAUUACGUCAAGCGACCAUUGAGGGCACAUUUGAAUAUAAUGUACAAAUGAUCAGAAGAACUUGCCUGGCGGAAUUUGUAAGAAGGAGCGAGGAUAUUGGGUCAAGCAGUGAUGAAAGAGUUGUUCAGGUGGCACAGAGAUCCACGUCAUCAUCCAAUUGUGAAAACACACACAGAACGUUCUGGAGCUGCUACGAGGAACUAGCAGCAGUAAAGUUACCGAUAGAUGUAGAAGAAACCAAAAGUCCGAUUGCGUCAGAGCUAGACAGAUAUCUCAGUGAAGUUCUGCUACUCAAAGACCUAUGUCCAUAUGGCUGCAUCGCUCCUGGCCGCCUUCUCUUCGGCGCAGGCCGAGGCGAACCGGAAGCUCGUCGAGUCACUACUGACAUCGCACUCAGGGACGCCGCCCAGUGUGAACUCCGGCGCUACACCGUCAUCUUAUUCUGGGAAUCUCGUCAAAUGCACCUCGCGCUUCGAUGGUUCGUCGGAGUAUCCGCAGGCGGUCGAGGCAUUCAUAGACGCCGUCGAGAUGUUUAUGGAUUGCGCUUCGGUCAGCGAUGA